UCCUCGCGAUCGCGUUUCUCCGCGACUGAUCGAAUUUACAAUCUACGUUGGAAUGUUUCGAUGUUUUGCACUCGGCAGCAACACGACAAGUAAAUAGCAUCGGCGUUUGCGAAACAGAGAAUGAAAAUUUGACAGGUUCACGAAAACGGUGUGUAUGUUUAUAUUGAGGUGUGCUAUGUUGUCGGGAUUCGAACCCAUUUUUUUACAUGGUUUUUUCCAGAAUAAACGCUGAAUUCUAUAUGAAUAACGAAUAUACGUAACGAACAUUUCUGGCCAUGUGAAACUCUACAUGCAAUAAGAGAUGGUCGUGUAAAAUGGUGUACCAUCACAUUCUACCAACGCAGUGCAAGAGCACUUGACCAGCUGUUUUGGAAACAGACGGAAUUACUAGAAUUAAUGAAGAUCUAAUGAAAAUUUUUCAUAUGAAAUAAGAGAAUUACGAUAAAAUGUAUGCGGCUUUCCUCUUUUCUUUCCUACUUCUCUCUUUUUUUUUUUUUUUUUUAACUUUAACCUUCAUUCCCACUUACUUAAAACUGGUCUUUAAUUUUACCUAUCUUCGAGAUGUAACAAAUUGAAGAGUAAAUUGCAUAAGUGAAAUAAACACACGGAAAUCAUAUAUCCUUUUUUCACAUUUGAUGUUAUGUAUACGCCAUAUUGUGUUUUAGUAAAAUAUCAAUUAACAAUUAAAGUAAGUUAUCGACGAUAAAUGUAUUCAUCUUCGGUAAAUUUUAGUGGAUUAUAGUUUUCUCUACAAUGCGACAAAUUUUGUUCCUACAAUUAAUAAUUUAUAAAAAGUAAUUUUUCUUAUUACAUCCUAAUAUAUAUUACAGGCUAAAAAAUUAUUUAGUUCUGGGAAGGUUAGUAUGUAACAUUCGAUUAGGAAAGGCAAUGGAGUUAAAAAGUAGCGCAAAAAGCAACCGUAUACGGAGUUCGUUAAAAUCGAAAAAAUUGAUUGCACCAAAAGUGGAAGUGAUUACGGAAAAUGUUUUUGUACCGAUAACAAAGACCAUAUUUACGAAGAAACGUGGUGAUGCAAUGCAGUGCAAUUUUUCCGUACCAAAAGUGGAAUUCGUUAAGUUAUACCGAUGUAACAACGGCGCAACGAUGCCAUUAUUAAAGAAACCAUGUAGCGUUCUAACUAAUAUAGUAAGUAAACACAAAGAAGUAGAAACCUCAGGAAAACGGUUACGUCCGAUUAAUAGAAGUUACAGUUUUGUAAAUGUUAAAAAAGUAAAUUUCUCUCAGCAACCAGAAAUUAAAAAGCAACAAAUAUUGAUAUUUCCUUCAUCGAUUUCUGAUCUGCCUUUGACUUCGUUCAAACGUCGCUCUCCUGCAAUGGAUGAAAACGUAAUUAGAACAAAUAAGCGGAAUAAAAUGGAUAAAAUUAAUGAGAAAACAAGAAUUGGCGGUAUUAAUCGCAUCUCAUCGAAUCUUCCAAAAACAAACGGUAAUGAUAAAAAAUUGAAAUUACACAAAUCAGAAAAUGUUAUUCGUCGAUCGCAGAAUGAUACUACUCGGACUAAAUGUUUGUCAUCAAGUUCUAAGGAAAGGAUACAUCUGAUGGAAAAUAAUAUCAAUAAUUCAAUUAAGCCAAGGAAUACCUCGAAUGUUUCAAUUACAUUAAGUUCAGCAAUUCCAACAGCGACCACGAAGAGAGAAGACGUUGAAAAACAAUGUAUUCUUGAUCCUUAUUGCGAAUCUGUCUUAGAAAAUAUCGACGUAGCCAUAAGAGGAACAAUUUCUAAUAAUAUCAUUGAUUGUGGGGAAGAAUUAAAGUAUCCAAUUACGCAUAUCGAAUCGGAAGCCUUUAAUCAACUUCAGUGUACCAUGUUUAAUGUUUCGACAUCGGACAAUUUUUUAAAAACGAACGGACCCGAUACGAUAGAGACUAUGCAUAGUAAAACGUUGGCUACGCGUAAUUUUCGGCAUCAUUCUCGAGAGAACAUUGGCCAUUCGAUUCUAUCGUUUCUUACGAACAAUCGAUCUCGAUAUCAGGAUAGUACAAACUCGCACAACAACGGCCGUAUGUGCAAGAUAAAAUAUUCUUGGCAGGUCAUUGGUACAAGUUCACAAACAUCACAGACACUUUUGGACAAUUUCGUUAAGGAAAGCAAUCUUCUCGAUGACGAAUCAGUCUACAAAUGUAGCAUUAAAUAUUCUUGGCAAAUUAUUGGAAUCGCUACGCAAACUUCUCAAAGAGAUUUCACCGUUUCAGAAUGUCGAUCGGCUAUUUCAUUUUUAUCUGCAAGAACAAAUACGAUUUGUCAUCCUAUUAAAGAAAUGAUAUGUGACUCACCACCAACUGCUACAAUUUGGCGAAAGGGUAAAAGAUUUAUUAUAUUAAAUAACCAAUACACGCAAACGUUUACUCAUAAAGAAUGUCAGACGGUUUUUACGGAACUUUAUAAAAAAUACCAGAAUUAA